UUCUUUUUCAUACGCACAUACACACAAGAGUGGUUGUUCCUCUCUCUUUCUUCUUCUCUUCCCCCUCUUUUUGUUGUUUUAUCAUUAAUUGUUUUUGAACCUCACCUCGCCUCCUCUUCAAAUGAGCCUUACUUAAUCACCUCUCUCUUCUUUUUCUUUUUCUUUUUCUUUUUAUUAUUCUUUUCAUUUGUUGUUGUUUCUCAUCAUUAUUCACUCUCUAUCGUAAACAUAUUCACACUCACUCUCUUUCUCUCUCUCUCUUACAUUUUCUCUCACACUCACAUUCACACUCACUUAUACCUUUAUAUACUCUCUCAUACACACCCGACCUUUUCAUAUCACCAAAGCAUCAGUAACAGUUUCUCAGCUAAAACCAUCUCAUUCCAACCAUGGCGAGUCCUCCUCCCAACAACAGCACUGUCGGCAUGAGGGUUCAUCAUCCAAAGAAUGUUAAAGCAACGACAGAGAUCAAAGAAGAUCCUGAAUUAUGGAGAGACAUUCAGGCCAAUGUGCGUAAAAUGGACGACCUCUAUGAUGCUACGUUCUACACCUGGCUCAGAUCCGAGGACAAUGUCCUUGUUACGGCCUCAUACCUGCAGCGCCUCGCAGGCGAGUAUAGUUUGGAGAGGAUUGAACAUGCGUUGUGCUGGCUCGUCAAUGGCUGGCGCCUAGAAUCCAUCGCCAUCCUGGUCAAACAGGUCACAUUUGACUGGGCAAUCACUAAGGGCGACCAAGGUGAGAUCAACAGAGCAAAGCUCGUAUUGGCGUUGACAGACAACUGGGCUAUCCAGUACAUUGCUCGCCUAGCUUGCACACUUCUGACUAGCGCAACAGCCUCGUCACCUCCACCUCCCGUGCUCAAAUCCUCAUCCACACAUUCACGCAUGUCCUCCAUGCCUGGUGCAUCUAUGGGACCGUCCACUCUGGGCAUGACAACAACCGUGCUAGGCGCAGAUGGACACUCACUGACGAGCACAUCCCGGCCAUCCACUCCUCCACUCUCUCUACGGGCUGCUGCAUCUUCAUCACCUUCCUCUCCUUCAUCGUCCGUGGUAACUUCACCUGUCUUCUCCACCUUCACUCCUCAGCCAACUCAUGGCCGACGCAUGGCUGUAUCCCGAAGAUUGGGCUCUCCUAUAUACGCACCCGCAUCCACAGCUGACGAUGCGGCACAUCAGCUAGGGCGGCCAACGUUGGCAGUAGGUCCAGUAUCACCAGCUUUAAUCCUUGGAUCUCGUCGCAGUGGACACUUUCGUCAAACAUCAUCCACUCUUCCCGUGCAGCAACGACAACAACAGCAGGAUCAUACCCAACAAGGGAUUUCUAUGUCUCCUAUGCAAACGUCCUCAUCAUCCACUUCAAUGAUGCCUGCGAUGCCAAUAUACCCUUCUCAUCAACAGACGAGCUAUCACUCUCACCAUUGCACUUUGUCACACCAUCAACACCCAGCACAUCAACAACAGCCAUUGCACUAUCCCCUCUCCCGAGGCAUUCAUCAGGCUUCAAGGAACCAUAGCUCACACUCACACAUUCGACAGCAAUCACAACCAGGAACUAUUUCUGCCUCAAAACAGCACUGGCUACAACAACAGUCUCCCUACUCGAGCAACCCCGUCUUUUACAUGAAUAAGUCUCUUUUCAUGGAAGAGCUGUCUAGAAAAUGGAGCUUCUGUCGUCUUUCAGAAUUUUUCCAAUGCAUGGAUCCAGCAUCGGGUAUCAGUCAUCGGUUCAAAUGCAAACUCCUAAAGGAGAGUGCCCUCAAGGAAGAAUCUAAUCAGACGCAAUCGUCAGGAUCAUCUACUAAGGUUGUUAUUACAGCUACCACUACAACACCGGCUCAACAUCAUCAUUAUCAACAACAGCAACAACAACAACAACAACAACAACAGCGACAACAGCGACAACAACAGCGACAACAGCGACAACAACAGCAACAACAGCAACAACAACAGGAAAAGCAGCAGCAACAGGAAUGUCAUCAGUUGACGGGACAUAGAGAUAGUAACUGGGCUAAUACUGCUCAAACAAUUGAGGAUGCAUCGAUGUCGCCCAUGGCUCAAACACCAUCAACAACAGAUGGCUCAAGUGAUGUGAUUAUGGCUGAAAGUGAUGAGCACGGUUAUGAUACUUCAUCAACCACUUCAUCAUCCUCUUCCCCUUCUCCUUCCACAUCCUUAACAUCACCAUCAUCAACACAAUCAACUCCAGCUUCGACAUGGGGUGCUUUCCAGUCGCCACACUUGCUGCAAAGCGAACGGAAUAGUUGUGAGCAGACAUCUCUACAUCCUUUUGAUAGCGGUGUAGACUCUACAACCGCAACUUCAUCAUCUAAUGUUUGCAAGAAUGUAUGUGUGCCGGUUCCUAUCAACGUAACCCCAUUGCAAAAUGAACAGCCUCAGUUUCAUUCUCUUCAGACCACUUUCUCUCAUGGGGACUACAAUGAUGACAUGAAUUCUGGAUUGAAUCGUGGAUGCAAGAAUACGGAUGGGGGUCAUCAACACUGUCGCGCCCAGACAGUUGAGGCUAUCAUGUCUGGCAGUCGAGUGAUGACAGGGUCGCUCAUGUCAGCAUCAUCCUCAUCAUGCUCCUCCUCGUCUUCUGCUUCGUCCCACACCUCUACGUCCGCAGCAUCUGCUUCACUCUCGACAUUGACUCUAACAGAGUCCGGGAUGGAACAAACGAAUGCCAUUAGACCUAUGUCGCAGCCACGAUCACAUCAACAUCAGCAUCAUCACCAAUCGUCAUUUUCGUCAAAUUAUCCGACAGCAGGGCUCUAUCGUCAUGCAACGACGAUCGCUGGAGGACCUGUAUCGUCUUCGUCCUCGACUCCAGUAGCGGCAUCAUCAUCAACCAGUGUUAUGAGUAUCCAUACAAACGCGAACACGAAUACAAAUGUAACGACUAGCUCGCGUCUUACUCAUGAUUCAACAUCUGCUAAACGUAAGAAUUCUCUUGGAGUCGGUCUGGUACCACCUUCACACUGUUCUUCAUUCUCAUCAACCUCUUCAGCUUCAGCAACAGGACAUUCAUCUUCGAAUGAUUCAUCUUUGUCUUCAUCAUCUGCUAUCUUCCCAGGUGCGCGCCGUACAAGCACCAGUACUAGCACGACGAAUGAGGAUUUGAAGCGACUUCGAUGCAGCCGACAGAACAGUACUUCAUCAACGACUGGUAUCUAAAAAAAAUACGCGAU